AUGGAACCAAAAUAUGUAAAAAUACAUGCGAUUAUUCCAAUAGUAUUUGGCUCAUUGAUUUUAAUAUAUCAAUUUGCAAACAUGAAUACUUUUAUUACUUUCUUUUUUGAACCGAAAGAAAAAUAUACCGGAAUUUUAGGAGUUGAUAAUAUCUUGAAUUUAAUAGUACCAUUUUUCUUCGACUUUCUCACUGACCCAGUUGGUUUAAUCAUUGGAAACCAAAUGACUCCAAUGGCACUUGUGUCAUUAUUUACUAUAGCAUUAGAAAGCUCGAUCCCUGGUGUGAAUAGUGUGAGAGGAAUAAAUGGUUUUUUCACAAGUUUUUUAUUUGUCGCAAUCACAAUGCAAUUACUUGGAAUUGCUACUGCUAUUAAAAGAGAAGAAUCUGAUGUAAUAGUAGUUAUAAAUGACGAAAAUCGUCAAGAUAUUGAAGCUCCACCGGUAGCGGCUGCUGAUGCUACGCUUCCAUUAAAUCCUGAUCGAGUAACGAGAAUAUUUUUGGGCAUUGUUUGUGUGGUCUUUUCUAGUUUGGUCGUUAUGUCAUUGGUUUCAGAUCCGAGUUUGCAAUUCUGGACUAUUAUUUUCUUCCAGAUCUCACCAGUACUUGCCUUUAUGUUCUGGUUUUGGACACCUAAAGGAGCAAUUAAAGAAUCGGUGUCAACUAACGAAGGAUAUAAGCGUGCAUCGAAAUAUUACCUUAUAUUGUUUGGUAUCUGUUUAUAUUCGUGGGUAUCUUUUCUUGCAUAUUGCGUAGAUCAUAACGCUGCGUACCUAAGCACUCUUUUAGAACAACUAAGAAACCAUGAAUUAGCUGCAGCAACUGAUUUUAUGCUAGUCAGCACUACAGGGUUAACAAUAAGUAUGUUUUAUUGGGUUUACUUGCUCGAAGGCGCACAGUUUACACCUGCAUUCUGGAAACUUUUGGGAUUUGGUGUAGUAACGAGCCCCGCUGGUGCGCUUGCAUUGUAUGGGUCUGAAAGAUGGAGUGGUAAUGAAAAAGGAAAAGGAAAAUCAAGAUUAAGCUCAAUUAAAAGCGCUCAAUAUAACGGGGAUAUGUUUUUACUAUUCCAAUAG